AUGGCAGACAAUGAAACGGAAACAGCAGCACCUCCUUCCACGGAUAAGGAUAAUAAAAAUUUAAUUGCAGUUUGCAUUUUACUAAACGCCACUGGUAAUGUACCAAUCAUUAAGAAACGUUCAUGGACAGUGGAUCCAUACAAAACUGUUAGUUGGAUUCAGAAGUUUAUACAUAAAUAUCUAAAACUAGAUCCUUCGGAACAAAUCUUUCUUUAUGUUAAUCAAACAUUUGCUCCCGCGCCAGAUCAAAUAAUAAAAAAUCUAUAUGACUGUCACGGCACAAAUGGCAAACUAGUUUUAUACUACUGCAAAAAUCAGGCUUGGGGUUAAUUA